AACGUAUAUCUUGACCGGUGUAGAAGCGAUCAGUUGUUUGUGCUUAAAAACUGUGUCUUUUGGUAUAACGUCUGUGUAACGUUACACGAUUGUUUGUUAUAAAUAUCAGUGCUGAUGAUGUGUUACCAGUGCUGCUGACUGUGAUAUAGGCCUGUGUAUUAAGCCUAUUGUGACCGGGUGUUUGUGAGUCACCCCUGCCUAUGGAAAGUGUGAAUCCAGGCUAAAUUCUACACGUGGUUGCGUGGCCGUGGUAAGCGAGUGUGUCGCCCACAGCACAGAAGUGAUUAAUUUUCACUACUGGGUAUUAGGUCGAAAGAUACCUAAGAAGCGCAAAGCCGCAUCUUUGUUUGUUCGUUUAAGGGAGAGUCAGUCAGUGACGCCCCGGGCCCAGGGUUGAGAGACGGAGUUUCUUUCACGACUGCAGAAGGUACCAUCCUCGGUUCUGACGGCAUGAGAUUACUGAAAGCUACUGUUGCAUACUCGCCUAUGGCUUUAUCAGUUUGUGACGCUUCUCAUAAACGCAAGACAUUGCCAUUAGCUGCUCUUUCCCAUACUGCUAUAGCAUCUGUUGCAACACCUAUUGUCCAUUCCUGGGAUUUGACUAACAAGUUCCAAGCUUUAUGUGCAACAUUCCCUGCAUGCUGGUCUGUGCACAAACUGGAUUGUGGAGCUGCACCAUUACCACCACUUGAGGUAACAGGGACUAUGCCCUCACCUGUGAAACAAUACCCGAUUAAACCAGAAGCUGCUCAAGCAGUUGGCUCAAUCAUUCAGUCCUUGCUUUCACAGGAGGUCAUUGAGCCAUGUGUCUCACCCUGUAAUUCUCCUGUCUGGCCUGUGCAAAAACCAGAUGGCUCAUGGCGCCUGACAAUUGAUUACAGAACGGUUAAUGCUGCUGCAGACAAACUUGCUCCAAUUGUUUCUGACCCAAACACGCUGCUUGCUGAUAUCAAACCUAGUCACUGUAUAUUUUCUGUGAUAGACAUUGCCAAUGGAUUCCAUGACUUUAUGGUUAACUGGUCAUCUCGGGGUUUCCUGACUUCAUCAGGUACCCCGAUAAAAAAUGGGGGGGUUGUUCAGAAUCUCAUAACUGCCUCUAAACUACCAAACAAACUAGCAGUUGUAAAAGUGAAAGCGCACACUAAAGGACAAGAUGCAAUCAGCUUGGGUAACCACUGGGCAGAUGAAGCUGCCAAAGCAGCAGCUUUAAAUGACUCCCUGCCUACUUACAAAAUUGCAGCUAUUGACAUGUCGGGUCCAACUAACAUUGACAUAGCUAAACUACAGGAUGCCUGUACAAGAGCUGAAAAAUGGACGUGGAUUGAAAAUGCAUGCACUCUUAAUGAUGACAACAUUUGGCACACACAGGACGGGAAAGUUGUUGCCCCUCAGAGCAUCCUUUCAUUGCUUUGUGAAGUAUACCAUGGCAUUGCACACAAUGGAGAAAGAACAAUGCGGCACAACAUGUCACUUCAUUGGUGGUCUCCCAAAAUGACCAAGGUAAUGAAAGAUUUCGUUAGGCGUUGCAUCAUUUGUGCAAAAAGCAAUCAAGGUCCAAAAAUAAAAGUAAUGAUGAAACACCAGCCACGGCCUACUGGACCCUUUCAGCAAAUCCAGAUGGAUUUCAUUGGCCCUCUUCCAAAGAGCCAUGGAAAAGAACACUGUCUCGUUCUCAUAGACCACUUCACACGCUGGGUAGAAGUUUACCCUGUAGCCUGUGCAAAUGCCGCAACCACGGCAAAAAUAAUCGCAUCUGAAUUCUGCCCACGCUGGGGCCUUCCCUGCUACAUAGACUCAGACCAAGGGACCCACUUCACCGGUAAAGUAAUGAAACAGGCAUCCCGGUCUGGAUCCACCAAUCCCGGACCAAACCAUGCCCAUCACCCGAAGACCUCAAAAAGCCUGAAGAACUCCCUGCCACGGACGACUGCAGCCUUCACGAAUCAGGUGCAAACGUUCCAAUUUUUUCACAUACUCAACCAAAUUGAGCAUUCAAGUUAUGCUCCCAUCCAACAUGCUGAAUUCAUUUGUAAUCAUACAUAAUAUAGAACCAAGUUGUAAUAACUUGGGAGUACUUGAUAAUGCCCUCACAUGGUAUUCUGUUUUCUUCCUCAUAUGCCGGAGAGGACACUCCCAUGACACCAUACCGGCGCCGAGGACACCACCCCUCCAAGACCAUGUUGCUGCAAACCAGGAGUAAAUUGCAAGAAAUCCCACCAAGCCUUGAAUCGAGCCUUCCCUACCAAACCAAUGUCACUAUCCAUCCAGCCAGCAACAGAAGGACUUUUUUCUUUACAAGUUAUGUUCUUGGAGUACAUCUCGUUCGCCCGUAAGGGGGACGUGAGGGAAUUUUGCCUGAAGUUUUCCUAACACAGGUUUUUGACAGGUUUUCGCCCUCACCCUGAACAAUGACUAAAUAAAUGUAACUGUAAAAUUGACUUAACCAUGAGAUUCAUGUUGUGUCAAAAGGAGGGACUGUUAGGAUACAGAAAGUUUGUGCUGUAGGAGACAGACAGAUUUGUGUAUUCCAAAACCUCACGUGCAUGUGAGAGUCCGCCAUUGUUUUACAAAGACAACCAAUAAGACACAGUGGUAGAAAUUGCAGCCUAUAGGACAACUCUGUAUAACAAACAACCAAUCAGAGUUCAUGCUGUAUUCUGCGCACAAAUUUGAAUAUAUGUAAAUGUAACUGUAUAAACUCCACAAACUCUAACAGUUGAAUUGAACAUUUUUGUGUGAAUCCCUGUUGCUGGCUUUCUGUAUAAUAAAUGCUUCCUGAUUUUUAAACACUAA